ACACACACACCACUCCCUCCCUAUACUCUGUGUGGGGAUCAAGCCUCACUCCUCCACAGCCUUUAUGUCUGACAGCGCAGAGGGGAGAAGAAGAGAAAGAAGGAAACUGACUGACUGACGCCUUUUCUGACUUUUUGACGCACCGGGGAACUUUUUGUCCAUGUCACCAGCAAACCUGAGGCCAGGACACCCAUCAGCCUGCAGCACAGCUCUCUGCCUUUUCCACGGAUUAAUUUAACCAGACCGGGAUUCGAUAGCCUGGUUAUGGAUUUUAACCUGCUGACGGACAGUGAACCCCGCAGCCCGGCGCUGUCGCUUUCCGACUCCGGGACCCCGCAGCACGACCAGGGAUGUAAAGGCCAGGAUAACAGCGACACAGAAAAAUCCCACCAGAACCAGCUGGAAGAGUCCAGCGCUGAGGACGGCUCUCUGAAGAAGAAACAGCGGCGGCAGAGGACUCACUUCACCAGCCAGCAGCUCCAGGAGCUGGAAGCCACCUUCCAGAGAAACCGCUACCCCGACAUGAGCACCAGAGAGGAGAUUGCAGUGUGGACCAACCUCACUGAGGCACGAGUCAGGGUGUGGUUCAAGAACCGGCGUGCCAAGUGGAGAAAGCGGGAGAGGAACCAGCAGGCAGAGUUAUGCAAAAAUGGCUUUGGUGCCCAGUUCAAUGGACUCAUGCAGCCCUACGAUGACAUGUACACGGGUUACUCCUACAACAACUGGGCCACCAAGAGCCUAGCAAGCAGCCCACUCUCCGCCAAAAGCUUCCCAUUCUUUAACUCAAUGAAUGUAAGCCCCCUGUCAUCCCAGCCUAUGUUCUCCCCCCCAAGUUCUAUCCCCUCUAUGAACAUGGCCUCUAGCAUGGUGCCCUCAGCAGUGGCUGGGGUUCCCACUACAGGGCUCAACAACCUGGGCAACCUCAACAACCUCAACAGCCCCACAGCGCUCAACUCGGUAGCGGUAACUGCAGCUACAUGCCCCUACGCCACCACAGCCAGUCCCUACAUGUACAGAGACACCUGCAACUCCAGCCUGGCCAGCCUGCGGCUCAAGGCCAAGCAGCACGCCAACUUUGCUUAUCCAGCAGUGCAGAACCCCGUGUCCAACCUGAGCCCCUGCCAGUAUGCUGUAGAUCGGCCCGUAUGAAGAAGAAGUUUGACAAUAACGCCUAACCAACCGACCAGUAAGUCCACAAUUCCCCCACUUGACAUCUCUUCAGUUCGAUCUCUGAGCUGCCUAAUGUGCUGCAGACUGGCAGAUCGUGUGUUGAUGGUUCUCGAUAACAAUAAUCUUCAAAACUGACAAACAAUUAGACGUGUCUUGAUGGACCACCGCACUUGAAAGGAAUUCUCUCCUGUUUCUGAGACUUUGUCGCUGAGCUGACCAACUGCUUCAAAGGAUUUCUAAGAAUUAUCCAUUAUCAUUUUUUUCCAUCUUUUGAACUGCAUGAUUAGAGUAAACGUAGAAACAAAGGCUAAAUAAAACAUGGAUGCUUCAACUGGACUGGUGGUCAAUAUCUUGGCCCAGAAACAUCAAAUGCGACCUUUGCUAUUGCAGGAAAAGGGACCUGUGGUUGCAGUGUGGGAGAAAUGGAGGAUGUAUAUAAUGGACUUUUUUCUGUUUUGUAUGUGACAAAAAAAUAUAUGAAAGCGUACUUUAAAGAUGAGAAAAGCAUGUUUUUCAAAAGCAAAAGCCCUAGGUUGAUGUACUGUAAGCACAUCCUUUAGAAACUUUAAACUUUGUUGUGAAUUCUUCUCCCCUUGGAAGGUCAUAGGUCGAAGGUCAGUUUGGGCGGAUUAGAGGAGGGCAGUCCUGUAAAGAGAACACAAUACAAAUACAACAAUUUUCUCACACCUAUACAAGAAUAUCAGCAAGAUUUUUCAAGUAAAACUCUAAAAAGCCAUUGAAUAUAUAGAUUUGUGUGCUGUUAUACAAAGGGAGUCCAUGACUGUAAAAUGUAUGUAAGAGUGCAGUUGUCAUAACAAAAAACAAGCUUUUUUUUCCUGGUGUAGUCUGCUCUCAUUAAAGAACCAAUUAAAGGAGCCCUUUUUAUGAACUACAAAUGGACUUUGACAUUGAGCGGAACAGUACAUGUCCUUCCACAUCUCUAAUCUAUAGCCUAUGGCGUUAGUUGUGCGAUGCAGGCCAAAACACUAUGUUCUCACAACAAUGAGAACAGCGCCAUGGAAACCCUGACUCCCUUCCAUGGCAACACUUACGCAACAAUGAAAAAGAGUAGUAGGCUAGACAGAGAGGUGGGGAGAUAUGGAUGUUCCUGAUGGCUGCUCACUGAUAUGUUUGACCUACACUCCGAGCGGUAACCGCAGGCUAUCCAGUAGCACAGCAGGAAUUCACAGAGGCUGAGGCAGUGCCAGGAUUACAUAAGGACCUCAAGGAGUGAGGUAUCCCAGCGGAGCCACAAAUGAGGGGUUAGCAGCCCAUCAAUCCCCAUCAGCCCCUGCAACUGUUCAUUGCUCUUACAUACUCUGUUGUUGUUUUUUUCUUUCUGCUGAUUUCUAGGUACAUUUUACAAAGUUCAUUUUUAAGUCAUAUUCAGCAGCUUCUCUAAGAUAUCUCAACAUUUGGACCACUGAAAUUCUGUCGCUAAUACUAUUAAGUCCUACAGAUAUAAUAGUAUGCUCAUAUUAAAAAAAAAAAAAAAAAACAAGACAUGCCAUGGUUUGAAAGAAAUUAUGUAAAGAGAGCAGAAAAUAAGACAAUGAGACAAAAAAGUUUAAAAGUUUAAAAAAUACAAUUUGUUUUGAGAUAUAAAAUAGAAAACUGAAAAGAAACAAGCUUUAUUUUUUAACCUGGUAAUUAACCAAUAAGAGUCUUAUAAGAAAAGGUCAAAUCACUGGCUCCAAAUGAAAUCAUGAAGAGAAUACAUUGAACUGUUGUUAAAAUAAGACUACACCACAGUAAUUGCUACAAUAUCUACAUGGAACAUAACACAAUAAUCUGAACCCAAGGUGAACACACAGAACAUUUCAUAGUUUCUAGUGAACAGAGACUGUUAGAGGCUCUUUAGUUCAGAUUUAAGUUUGUAUGAUGAAAAGGGACAGUCCGAAUUUAAUCAUCUAAAUCAAAGAGGAUGUAUCAUUUUUCAUUAAGAAAUGUGGAAAUUAAAAAGACAUUUCAACAUUUCAAAGGAAAAAAAUAACUACCCAAUCACGUUGUCUCUAUUGUUUUUAGAAUUAUAAUUUAAUAAUUACUGACUAAGAAAUGAUUAAUAAAUUAGACACCUGUAAAAUAAAGAGUUACUGUUUUAUUCCCCAGAAUAAAAGUCUAAAUGCUGUGUCAACAGCUCUCCACGUUGCUUCUGGUUGAGAAAUACUGAAUACUACAGAAUCUUCAAUCAGCCAAAAUAUGAACCAUUCCAAAAUUAUUCUGAAACUUACACAUGUUCUAGAAAAAAUGACUGCUGCCCAGCUACGGCUCUGCUGGCAUACAUUGAAUGUAACAAAUCGACUGGUAAUAACACACUAUAUUAAAACUACUCACAGACACCCAACAGAAAUUUCAAAUAAAC